AUGUCAGAAUUGAAUAAGCAAAUUAUGUAUAGUAAAAGAAAGAAAAAAUUUAGAAUGAUUAAAAAACGAGUUGCACUCGAUGAAUAUGUCUUUUACUCAAUACUUAAUACUGAUAUUCCUAUGGAAUUAGGAGUGGCAGCAAGUAUGAUAACACGUGGAAUACUUUGUCUUUAUAACAAAUUAGUAAUCGAUCGAAUAAAGAAUCCCUAUAUUGUUCAAUGGCAUUCCGGGGAACAUAUAAUUGUUUUGCGGGGAUACAACCAUAAACAUUUGAAAUAUCUCAAGAAUGAAACAAAGUUUGUAGCCCUCGGUACGCAUGCCACUUAUCAUCGAUGGUAUCACAAUCGAAUAAUGCUAGUAUUAUCGGUAUUUGGACGAAAGGAAGAAAUCGAGAAUGUCUUUGACAGACUCUCAUAUUUACGGUAGCGAUAUAAACAAACAGUAUUUCCAUAGUUUUUAAAUACUUAAAAAAAUAAACUAUUUUUUUAUUUAUAAUUUUUCCAAUGCACACACACACACACACACACACACUAGUUGCGAUGUAUCGAAAACGAUACUUACAGUUAAAUUAGAAUUAAACAAAAUGUCAAUAUAUUUUUACACACACACGAAAAUACUUCCAACAUUAUUAUCUCUCGUUUAUAAUCAUAUUCUUCCACAUCGAUAGCUGAUACGUGAUAGAGAAGAGAAUAUAAUUAUUAGC